AUGCUACCUUUAUAUCUUUUAACGAAUGCAAAGGGACAACAGAUGCAGAUAGAGCUGAAAAAUGGCGAAAUCAUACAGGGUACAUUGACCAAUGUAGAUAACUGGAUGAAUUUGACUCUAUCUGGCGUAACCGAAUAUAGUGAAGAAAGCCUAGUCAGUGGCGAAGAUAGUGCUGACAGUAGUAAGGCUGUGAAACUGAAUGAAAUUUAUGUCAGAGGAACCUUCAUUAAAUUCAUCAAGUUGCAAGAUAAUAUAAUUGAUAAAGUUAAGCAGCAAAUUAAUUCCAACAACAAUUCAAACAACAACGGUCCCGGUCAAAAAAGAUACUAUAAUAAUAGAGAUUCAAACAAUAACAAUAGAAAUAACUACAACAGAAGAGGUAAUAAUAACAACAGUAACAAUAACCGCCGCCCAUACUCCCAGCAUCGUCAAUUCAACAACAACAGCAACAACAACAACAACAACAAUGCCAUCAAUAGCAAUCCAAAUAUGAACAGCGGUUUAGGUGGAUCCGUUCAACAUAAUUUCAACGCCUCUUCUCCGCAAAACGUCGAAUUUUAA